CGUUGUUCACUCUUCUUUUGAGGUGCAGUGUCGCGUCUGGGAGGCCGCAGAAACUAGAACCGAGUGGGGUUUAGUCGUUUAGGAGCGUUCGCGCGUGUUUGUGUGUGUGUGUGUAUGUGUGAUGUCGUUGUGAGAUGCUUGUGGUUUUUUCCUGCCCUUGUGCACGGGUUGAGGGCGAGUGUUGGAGGUUUUUGUAUUAUGAGUAGGAUGUGGGACCAGUGAGCUCGCAGCGGGUUGACUUUUGUUUUGUUUAGUUUUUUUAUUAAAAUAAUAAUUUAUUAGACAAUGCUUUAUCGUGUAUGAACGUCUUAUUAGAAACCCUAAGUUGGAGGUGAAGGGGGAGAGUUUUGGAAGAGGUUAUCUGUUUGGAUAAUCUCAGGUGCCGAUUUGAGGGACCGUUGAGAGGAGUGUGGUAGUGCUACCAGGUGCUGACUAGCUCGUGACAUGGGACUAGAAUUUUGGCCGUUGCAGUUAGAAGAGUUGGGAAUCAGUUGCGCGGGCUUGUUCGAAAGAUGUUCGUGAGCGGCCGCAGUGAAGCAUGCAGGUGAAUCAGGAACUCGGAAGGAAUGAGUUUGUUUCUGAGUUUCAUUCAUUGUGACGAGGGUUUAGCUGGCUAUUCUGUAUUGCCGUCGGAGGUUCUUCCGAAUCUUCUCAUUCUCCUUGGUUGUUGCGGAGGAAGUUCUUUCUGGAGUCGUGGUUGUAGCCGCAGUGUGCUAGCAUCUAUGAAUCCUACGGCUGGCCAAGAGAGUUUGAAGGAUCCUAUUAUUAGGACAUUCUUCAGUUUGGGAUGAAACACGAGUCAUACGAGUUCUAUUCAAGAUCCGCUUGGAGAGUCUUUGGGAUAGAAGAUGAAGCUUGAAGCCUUGUGGUUCUGUAUGAAUCAUAUGCAGCUACAUACACCUCGCCAUUGUAGUGUUCGCUGUUGGUUUCAUCAAUAAAUUCCCGAAAGCCGAAUAGGAAGUGGUCUAGCUUAGGCAGCAAGAGGGAGGGAGCCAGUUUCAUUGCAUUAUGGACCGUACAAUAUAUGAGAGGCCUGAAAAGCGCGCCCGUUUAAUGCUACUCGAGGACAACGCCCCCCGGGCUGAGAUUUAUGAUGGGAGCCACCAGGUAGCGGUCAAUAGUGGGCAGUACGAGCAACUGGGACUAGGGAGGGGAGUGCCACCAGCUGCUAUAGGGAACAGUCCAGAUUUCUACAAUGGUUAUGCCAGGGUUGCCUCCCCGGCGUGGCGGGAGGAUGAUAAAGAUGGUCACUACAUGUUUGAGCUGGGAGAGAAUAUAACACCACGCUACAAAAUCAUCAGCAAGAUGGGUGAAGGGACUUUUGGUAGGGUGUUAGAGUGCUGGGAUAGGGAGAUGCAGGAAUAUGUGGCUAUCAAGGUCAUUCGCAACGUUCAGAAGUACCGGGAUGCUGCGAUGAUUGAAAUCGAUGUGCUGCGCACGCUUGCCAAGAAUGACAAGAUGGGCAUACGACGAUGUGUGCAGCUCAAGACUUGGUUUGACUAUCGAAAUCAUGUCUGCAUUGUGUGCGAGAGGCUGGGGCCAAGUUUGUACGAUUUUCUUCGAAAAAACAAUUAUCGACCGUUUUCUGCAGAUCUUGUUCGAGAUUUUGGCCGCCAACUCUUGGAGUCUGUAGCUUACAUGCAUGAGCUAACCCUGAUCCACACCGAUCUUAAACCUGAAAAUAUUCUAUUGGUCUCCUCUGAGUACGUGAGAGUGUCAGAUUACAAGGCAUCAAAUCCAGGAAAACAUUUCAAGCGGGUGCCGAAAACAAGCGAAAUUAAGCUUAUUGACUUUGGUAGCGCGACCUUUGACAGCCACUACCACUGUUCAGUUGUUUCCACUCGCCACUAUCGGGCACCAGAAGUUAUUUUAGGUCUUGGCUGGACGUAUCCUUGCGACAUAUGGAGCAUAGGAUGCAUACUCGUAGAGUUGUGUUCGGGUGAUGCAUUGUUUCAAACUCACGAGAAUCUAGAGCAUUUGGCUAUGAUGGAGCGAGUUUUGGGUCCCAUCCCUGUGCACAUGAUAAAGAGGGCAGAUCGUCGAACAGAAAAAUACUUCAGACAUGGGAGGGAAUUAAACUGGCCUGAAGGGGCAGUGUCAAGGGAAAGUAUUCGAGCCGUGAGAAGAUUACCCAGACUACGGAAUUUGAUUAUGCAUCAUGUGGACCACUCCGGGGGACUUCUUAUCGAUCUGCUUCAAGGCUUGCUGAAAUUUGAACCAUCGGAACGGCUUACGGCUAAAGAGGCGCUUAAGCACCCAUUCUUCAAAGAGUCCAAUCGGCGCCUGUAAGGCUACUACUGAUUGCUGCGUCUACGGUCCAUGGGGUGCCCUAACUUCAAUUGCUGGAAUUGAUCACAAUAAGACAUGUCUGAGAAGCGUUGUUGUGGAGAACUGUCGGAGAAUUGUCCUAUGUGUCCCUAAGUUUGCUGAGUAUUUAUGGCAGUAUCGCUGAUUGGUAUAGUCUUUCCAAUCACAAUGACUGGGAGGCAUGUAUUGAAGAGACGAUAUUAACGAGUCCUGCUCGUUAAACAAUCCUCGUCCACCCUUUUAGAGGUGCUCCACUCUAAAGACGCAUCCUUUUUGUGGGCGUUAUUCUUUUCACCGGUUUCGCGGACUGCAUUUCGCGUACCAGGUGUGAGUGUACUUGUAUUGUAGGGCCCUAUCCUGUCGAGAGCUUUGGCAGUAGCUUGAUAGCCAUUGAGUUCAAGGACAUUGAGGCCCCUUCUCUAAGGAAGGCUCAAGCUUGUUGUAACAUGGUUUCCACGUAACGAAGGUUUCCAGGAUGCUAGUCACACGAGA